CCGCUGUCCCCUCCGCCUUCCCACCCCCCGCCCUUCCACCAUGGCCGCCUCUGUGUGGUGUAGGGAGAAGCUGGCCCUCGGUGCCUUCCUGUAGCGCUUAUUGCCUCACCCUCACCCCCAGGGGACGGAUCCAAAGGAGCCUCGCGCUCUAACCCUGGGGGCGCCAGCCAGGAGGUGGCCCUCCCCCCACUGCGGGGCAGGACUGCUCUUGCACCCAGCUCCUGAGGCAGCAACUUAGGGUUCCCCUACCUCUCUCAGGGUCAGAGCCAGAAGGGGCUUAUCCCCACUUCCUCGGGGCCGGAAGCCUGUCCUCCCCCGCUCGGGGCGCAGCCCCUUGACUUCAGCAGAGUUAACGGCUCUUCCCCGGCGCUGCCCCUCCACGGCAGGACCUAGAGGGCCACCCGCCUUGGCCUCCUCCAGAGCGGCCUUCCGCAGAGGAGGGAGGCGUGGAGAGGACAGGGACCCUUCCCCUCCCCUCCCCACGAGUCCCUUUGCCCCCGGUCCCUGGCAACCCAGAGGUCCUCGUUUCUAGGACUCCCCAUCCCUCCCCUCCCUGGCCUCUUCCCGCCUCCGGGCUGCAGCCAUGGAGUUACAGAAGGGAAAGGGCGCAGCAGCAGCUGCUGCUGCAGGAGCAGCGGGAGGUGGAGGAGGAGCGGGAGCAGGAGCCCCAGGAGGGGGGAGGCUGCUACUUUCCACCAGUUUGGAUGCCAAGGAUGAGUUAGAGGAGAGGUUGGAAAGAUGUAUGAGCAUUGUGACAUCGAUGACUACUGGUGUCUCAGAGAGAGAGGCCAAUGAUGCCCUCAAUGCCUACGUAUGCAAAGGCCCCCCCCAACAUGAGGAAAUCUGCCUGGGUCUCUUUACUCUUGUCCUCACUGAACCUACUCAAGCCCAGAAGUGUUACCGGGACUUGGCUCUGGUGACUCGUGACGGCAUGAAUAUCGUCUUGAAUAAAAUCAACCAGAUACUUAUGGAGAAGUACUUGAAGUUGCAGGACACCUGCCGAACUCAGUUGGUGUGGUUGGUACGGGAACUAGUGAAGAGUGGGGUUCUGGGAGCUGAUGGUGUAUGCAUGACAUUCAUGAAGCAGAUUGCUGGUGGGGAUAUUACGGCAAAAAAUAUCUGGUUGGCAGAAAGUGUUCUGGAUAUCCUGACGGAGCAGAGGGAGUGGGUGUUAAAGAGCAGCAUCCUCAUUGCCAUGACGGUUUACACAUACCUCCGCCUCAUUGUCGACCACCACGGCACCGCCCAGCUUCAGGCCCUGCGUCAGAAGGAGGUGGACUUCUGCAUCUCGCUGCUCCGGGAACGGUUCAUGGAAUGUUUGAUGAUUGGCCGGGACCUCGUAAGACUACUUCAGAAUGUUGCCAGGAUACCAGAAUUUGAACUGCUUUGGAAAGAUAUUAUCCAUAACCCCCAGGCCCUGAGUCCUCAGUUCACAGGUAUCCUGCAGCUUCUUCAGUCAAGGACAUCCCGAAAAUUCCUAGCCUGCCGUCUAACCCCAGACAUGGAGACGAAGCUGCUCUUCAUGACCUCCCGGGUGCGGUUUGGUCAACAAAAGCGAUACCAGGAUUGGUUCCAGCGCCAGUACCUGUCAACCCCCGACAGUCAGUCUCUGCGCUGUGACCUCAUUCGCUACAUCUGUGGGGUUGUCCACCCUUCUAAUGAAGUGCUGAGUUCAGACAUCCUGCCCCGGUGGGCCAUCAUUGGUUGGCUGCUGACAACAUGCACGUCAAAUGUCGCUGCCUCUAACGCCAAGCUGGCUUUGUUUUACGACUGGCUGUUCUUUAGCCCAGACAAGGACAGCAUUAUGAACAUAGAGCCAGCCAUCCUGGUCAUGCAUCACUCCAUGAAGCCCCACCCGGCCAUCACUGCCACACUCCUGGACUUCAUGUGCCGUAUCAUUCCCAACUUCUACCCACCACUGGAGGGCCACGUGCGGCAGGGUGUUUUCUCCUCCCUCAACCACAUUGUGAGAAGCGGGCACUUGGCUCCCCUGUUUGACAACCCUAAACUGGAUAAGGAGCUGCGGGCCAUGCUGAGGGAGAAGUUUCCUGAGUUCUGCAGUUCACCCAGCCCACCUGUGGAAGUCAAAAUUGAGGAGCCAGUUUCCAUGGAGAUGGACAACCACAUGUCAGACAAGGAUGAGAGUUGCUAUGACAAUGCAGAAGCGGCCUUCAGUGAUGAUGAGGAGGAUCUGAACAGCAAAGGAAAAAAAAAAGAGUUUCGCUUCCCCCCCAUCAAGGAAACAGUUGGGGAGGAGCCAGUUGACAUCACCCCUUAUCUUGACCAGUUGGAUGAGUCCCUAAGGGACAAGGUUCUCCAGCUACAGAAAGGCAGCGAUACCGAGGCCCAGUGUGAGGUCAUGCAGGAAAUUGUGGACCAGGUCCUGGAGGAAGACUUUGACUCGGAGCAGCUGUCCGUCCUUGCGUCCUGCCUACAGGAGCUCUUCAAGGCCCACUUCCGAGGGGAGGUGCUGCCCGAGGAGGUUACGGAGGAGUCCCUGGAGGAAUCUGUGGGGAAGCCCCUCUACCUAAUAUUUAGGAACCUGUGCCAGAUGCAGGAAGACAACAGCAGCUUCUCUCUGCUUCUGGACCUUCUCUCCGAGCUGUACCAGAGGCAGCCCAAGAUCGGCUACCACCUGCUCUACUACCUGAGGGCCAGCAAAGCCGCCGCAGGGAAGAUGAACCUGUACGAGUCAUUUGCCCAGGCCACCCAGCUGGGUGACCUGCACACCUGCUUAAUGAUGGACAUGAAGGCCUGCCAGGAGGACGACGUGCGACUGCUGUGCCACCUCACACCCUCCAUCUACACGGAGUUUCCAGAUGAGACCUUGCGGAGCGGGGAGCUCCUGAACAUGAUCGUGGCCGUCAUUGACUCUGCACAGCUCCAGGAGCUGGUCUGCCAUGUGAUGAUGGGGAACCUGGUCAUGUUUCGAAAAGACUCAGUCCUCAACAUACUCAUCCAGAGCCUAGAGUGGGAAACCUUUGAACAGUACUGUGCCUGGCAGCUCUUCCUGGCCCACAACAUACCCCUGGAAACCAUCAUCCCCAUCUUGCAGCACCUCAAGUACAAGGAGCACCCAGAGGCCCUGUCCUGCCUCCUGCUGCAGCUCCGGAGAGAGAAGCCCAGCGAGGAGAUGGUAAAGAUGGUGCUGAGCCGGCCCUGCCACCCCGAUGACCAGUUCACCACCAGCAUCCUGCGACACUGGUGCAUGAAGCACGAUGAACUGCUGGCCGAGCACAUCAAGUCCCUGCUCAUCAAGAACAACAGCCUCCCACGCAAGAGGCAGAGCCUGAGGAGCUCCAGCAGCAAGCUGGCCCAGCUGACUCUGGAGCAGAUCCUGGAGCACUUGGACAACCUGCGCCUCAACCUGACCAACACCAAGCAGAACUUUUUUAGCCAGACUCCCAUUCUCCAGGCGCUGCAGCACGUCCAGGCGAGCUGUGACGAGGCCCACAAGAUGAAGUUCAGCGACCUCUUCUCCCUGGCAGAGGAAUACGAGGACUCUUCCACCAAACCCCCCAAGAGCCGGCGAAAAGCAGCUCUCUCCAGCCCCCGGAGUCGAAAGAAUGCCACUCAGCCCCCCAAUGCUGAGGAGGAGUCUGGCUCUAGCAGUGCCUCGGAGGAAGAAGACACAAAACCGAAGCCCACCAAGCGUAAGCGGAAGGGGUCCUCUGCCGUGGGGUCUGACAGUGACUGAGUCCCUGCUGCCAGCCCACCCCUAGUUGGACGACCCUCUCCUCGGUGAAUCGAAGGUUUAACGGGCGGGAGACGGAAGGGGAAGCACCCUCUCUCCCCAUCCCAAGACUGGGCCGGUGGGAAGUCUGAUCGCUGCCAUGCAGCCUCAGCCCCUCCCCCUCCCUGGGGCCUCCAGCCCAUCACUGCUGCUCCACCAGCGCUGGGGUUCCCCCUGAAGCUUGAGGCUUCAGAACCUGGACUGCAGGGAGGUCCUCAGGCCCCUGCCCCUCCCCCAGCCCAAGGAGCUGUUUAAAUCAAGAGGAGAAAUGGCAGGGGGGCAGCUGGCCAGACGAGGAUGAGAGGAAAGACUCAAGGGUGCGCGGGUCCUUUCUGAUGAUCCCCUUUAGGUCUUAAUUUGCCCUGAACAGGCAGCUUCUAGUCGCUCUCCAUACACUGGUAUGAAACGGGCAUUUAACCUGUGACAAUGUCGGGCUGCCUGUUUGUUUCCGUGGGGCGAAUGCCACAAGCGCUCAGGAAGGAACCUGAGAGGGGGGCACAGCCCCCCCUGGUAUGCCCUGGAGGCACCUCACGCUGGGCCAGAGCCCGAAGGAGUCUCGGAGACAGCUCCCAGAACUGUCAAAGGUCCCAUUUCCUUGGUUGUCUUCUUUGGGUUUUUUUGUGGGGUUUUCUUUGGCAGAGAUAAUCGUGUUUUAAAAGCUGUUUUUAAAUGACAAUAAAACAAGCCAGAACCUCUUUUGUGCUGGA